AUGUCACAGUCAUUGAGCACCUACUACGUGCCAGGCCAGGAAGGUGGAGGCAAGCCUCUGGCUGCUGGGCCAGAGGAGGAACUGCUGCAGAGUCCAGCCCCCCACACUCGGGAUGCCCCAAGUGAGGAACUGCCCCCCUCCCGCCGGGUUGCUGGGGAGAAGCCGCCAUCAGAGGCCCCUGGAGAACCAGCUGGGGCAGAUACUGGGAGGGUGAGCCAGCCAUCUGGCUCUGGGACUCUCCACAGAGACACAGUUAUGGCCCCACCUAGACCCCAGCCUCCUGAGGAAGGCUGUUCCUUCCCAGUGAGAGAGGCAAAGCCAGGGAAGAGGUCUUACUCUCCAGCCUCCAGUAAGCAGAAAACGCCCAGUGUCGGGGGUCUGGCCUCCGCAUCAUCUCCUGGUGUCAUUAACUUGGCCCAUGCCACACACAACCUAGUGCCUUGUGGGUCAGGCCGGGGGCCCUGCCAUCUGGCCAACCUCCUCAGCACAUUGGCUCAGAACAGCCAAAACACAGAUCAGAAGAGGACCCCGGAAGUGACCUGCCAAGUUCGGAAAAAGACUCGGACCCUAUACCGCUCAGACCAGCUGGAGGAGCUAGAAAGGAUCUUUCAAGAAGACCACUACCCAGACAGCGAUAAGCGCCGGGAGAUUGCCCAGACGGUGGGGGUCACCCCCCAACGAAUCAUGGUAAAUGGCGUUGGCCAACGGGUCUCAGGGUGGUGGAGAAACCACCAGCUGGAACUUUUGAGCACAGCAAGUGCUCAGCAUCUCCCUUUAGGGGCCGAGGUGUGGUUCCAGAAUCGCCGGGCAAAGUGGCGAAAAGUGGAGAAGCUGAAUGGGAAGGAGAACAAGGGCAGUCCUGCAGGCCCUGCCCCUACCCCUGCCAGCAGUCAGUGCAGCUCGGCAACUGAGCUGCCACCUUCUGUGUCCCUGGCCCCAGAGCCUGGUACCUUCCCUCAGGAGUCCCCUCUAGAUACUCUUACAGAGCCCCCCAUGCUGCUGACCUCUGACCAGACUCUGGCCCCAACCGAACAGAGUGAGAAUACUCAAAGGGUGGCAGUGACCCCACCACUCUUCAGCCCCCCACCUGUUCGAAGAGUCAACCUUCCUUUUCCCCUGGGCCCUGUCCUUACCCCCCAAACGAUGCCUCUGCUGCUGGAUACUCCUGGCAGUGACAACAGUCACAAAGAUGGCCCCUGUGGGUCCUGGGGGACAAGUGUCACCCCACCAUCCACCUGUUCAUACCUGGAAGAACUGGAACCCCAGGAUUACCAGCAGAGCCCCCAGCCAGGCCCAUUCCCAUUCUCCCAGGCUCCGCAAAGCCAGCUUUACCAACCACCUCAGCCCCAGUUUUCCUACCUGCACCCCUUCCCCUUCCCCACACCCCACUCCCUGAUGCCUCCGCUGCCGGAUGACUCCCUCUUCACAUCACCUUACGGCCCCAGUGCGGGUCCCUCUCAGGGCUACUUCCCCGGCCCCCCAUCGGGGCAGAUGGUGCUGCAGCCACCUGCUGGGAACGUGGGUACGGCCCCUUGGAAUGACCUCUGCUUGCCAGAACUGCCUUUCUCUGGUCCCUUCUGUCCACAAGCCCUGGGGCAGCCCCCCGGAGGUGAUGGCUUCUUCCCGGAUCUGUUCCCAGCCCCCUACGCUCCGGCUGUGAGCAGGCAGCCUUCACCAGGUGCCACCCAGCUGCCCGAAGCGGCCAGACCAGGAACGGGGCCCUUCCUUGGCAAGGCCCAAGAGGAGCAGCCUGCCACCUCUGUGGAGGAGCCCUCAGUGCCCCAGGAGGUCCGAGAGGAAGACAAGAACAGCUGUGGCCCCUAG